GUUAAAAAAAAUUGCAAAACAAAAACGCUCCCUCCGAGUCUCACCUUAGGUCUUUGACUACUGCCUGACGUCUCAUUUGGCCAUUCCCUUUCCAUUCUGCUUUUCCGCCUCUCUAAUUCUACUCUGCGAUCUCCAUUCUGCUUAGCGAGCAAGAAGAAGACUCAAAGACACACUUGAGGCGUGGAAGAACUCGCGAUUCAGCGGUCACUUCGCAAUCGCGGCACGAUUCAGCUGCUAUCGGGGUACAACCAUGAGCACAAAGAUCCGUGUUAUAGUUAGUUCAUUUGGCCGUCCAGUGCAGGGAAGCUUUCCAGCCUUUACCCGGAAGGUAGCAUUGCCCGAAUCCCGAGUUCUAUAUACCGUUCUAAGAUCCCCUCACAUUGACAAGAAAUCAAGGGAGCAAUUCGAGAUGAGGAUCCAGAAGCGUGUUCUUGACAUAAAAGCAGAGAGGCAUGAGCUGCAGCACAAACUGUUUUGGUUAAAGCGCCAUAAGAUGUUGGGAGCUCAGUUUGAAGUCCAGGUUUUCUGCAAGACCCGGCUCGACCCAAAGCUUCUGCCUCUGCCACAAAACCAGCUGUAUACUCAGAACUUGAAACAAUCUGCUCCUGAAAUCCAAUCCCCAGAGAAAUCCUCUUGAGAUUGUUUCCUGAUUGCCCUUUGCUUCUGCUGUUUAUCCUGGCUGGAUAGCUCCUCUGCUCCAUGGUUUUAGAUAUUUGGUUCCAUUUUGUAGUUCUAAAAAAAUUGCAUCCUUUUGGAAUUGCAUGGAUGCUGUGAACAGGUUUCCAUUUCCUGAAAUAAGAUCUGUUUGGGAACAACAUUUUUCGUUUGUUUUUUUAAUGGCGAUUAUAACCUUU